CCCUGGCUGGGGAAGGUGAGUCAGUCCCUUGGGGGCAGGGCUCCCAGAACCAGGAACUACAGCCUAAGUCGGAGCUUCCCCACCCCAUGUCGCCUGGAGAAAAACUGGACCCGAUUCCUGACAGCUUCAUCCUGCAGCCACCAGUCUUCCACCCGGUGGUUCCUUAUGUCACGACGAUUUUUGGCGGCCUGCACACAGGCAAGAUGGUCGUGUUGCAGGGAGGGGUCCCUCUAGGCGCACGCAGGUUUCAGGUGGACUUCCAGUGCGGCUGCAGCCUGUGUCCCCGGCCAGAUACCGCCAUCCACUUCAACCCUCGCUUCCACACCUCCAAGCCCCACGUCAUCUGCAACACCCUGCACGGUGGACGCUGGCUAAGGGAGGCCCGGUGGCCCCACCUGCCCCUGCAGAAAGGGGACAGCUUUCUCAUCCUCUUCCUCUUUGGGAAUGAGGACGUGAAGGUGAGUGUGAACAGACAACACUUUCUCCACUACCGCCACCGGCUCCCGCUGUCUCGCGUGGACACCCUGGGCAUAUCUGGUGACAUCGUGGUGGAGGCUGUUGGAUUCCUGAACGUCAACCCAUUUGUGGAGGGCAGCAGAGAGUACCCGGCUGGACACCCUUUCCUGCUGAGGAGCCCCAGGCUGGAGGUGCCCUGCUCACGUGCUCUUCCCCGGGGUCUCUGGCCCGGGCAGGUCAUCGUGGUGCGGGGGCUGAUCCUGCAGGAGCCAAAGGACUUCACUCUGAGCCUGAGGGACGAGGCCGCCCACUCUCCAGUGACACUCAGGGCUUCUUUCGCAGACAGGACUCUGGCCUGGAUCUCGCCGUGGGGACGGAAGAAACUGAUCUCGGCCCCCUUCCUCUUUCACCCCCAGCGAUUCUUCGAGGUGCUGCUCCUGUGCCAGGAGGGAGGGCUGCAGCUGGCGCUCAACGGGCAGGGGGUGGGGACCACCACCCUGGGCCGGCAGGCCCUGGAGCGGCUGCGGGACCUCCGCAUCAGUGGAAGUGUCCAGCUCUACUGUGUCCACUGCUGA